AUGCGUCGUCUUCGUGACAUAGCUGCUGUACUUGCCUCAGCACCUGCAUUUGAUGGUGUAAGGCUUUGUUUGGAGUUGCUGCAACCCAUUUUAGAUUAAGUUUCGGGACGUUGAAGCAAUAUUUGAGUAUCGUACAAUAAAGACUGUUGUUUUGCCAGAUAUUACUCGUGCUUUUUAUAUAUUCAAUGUGGGUUUUUUUUCUUCUAGAUUUUUUUGCUGCGUCAAACGUUGAUAGAUUUGUUUUUUGUUGAUACUCAACGACGAACUCCAUCUAGUUUCAAUUCAAACUACCGUUGUCAACAACGAUUUAAUGGGAGAGAAAAAGUUAACGACAUCAUUAUUUUCUACCAUGAGUCUUUCCAACUCUCAUUUGCCUUUGAUUUAGAUAAAAGUCGCUUUAAUGUCAAUAUGUUGGAUACCUUGUCUCACUCGUUGCUUUUGUUAUUCUUUAUUUUGAUCUUAUUAAAACUAUUGCUUUUCUCUUUCGGACAAGAACAUAAAGAUAACAACAAAGGUAUAUUUAAUUUUUAGAGCGAUAGCAUUGGAAAAACAUGUUUUGCUGGCCGGAGUAAGGUGGAGUUAAUUGACGAACAGUGGCGUAGCCAAAGGUACGGCCAUUGGGCAAUUGCCCGUAGAUUUUUGAAAUGAUACCAAUUGCCUAACGCUGCAAAAUCUUGAUAUACAUACAUGUACAAUGAUUCAAGUGAUGUCAUUUUAAUACAUUGUAUCUUGUUGUGAUCUAAUCAAGUGUUCCCGAAAAAUCAACUGAAUAUUUUUUCCAUUAAUCCAAUGCUCACAUUGAUGACAAUUCAGUGGUAUUUUUUUUUCAAAAUACUCGUUAUUCUACUUAAAUUCACUACUGGUUCUAUUUGUGCUUAUUUAUGUUUUUUUUGACAUAAUAUAUUCAAAUAUUUGAAAGUUGAAGAGUACAUUUGUGAAACAGUCCAAAAAAGCUGUUAGUGCAAUCCAUGCAGGGUUAAAAUGUGAAAAACGAUGUAGCUGCUGUUACUAAUCACGAGAAUAUUGUUUUAUUCAAUCUAUCUUGGGACCCAUUUUUCAUCAUCGUUUACUUAAUCCGCUAGAAUUGCAAGAAGGAAGGAAUUCAUAUAUUCUUAUGAGAUGCUAGUGAUCUAUGAUCACUAAUCGUGUAUCAAAAACGUCUAUCACGAUCUGUGGGGAGCACAGUGAACAGCCCAGGCAACAAAAUGAAUUUUCGAGAUUUGAGCCUAUAUCAUAACUAGCAUUGAAGCUACUAUGGUGCUGCAUUUAAGUGCAUUCUGAACGCUGCUUUAUAGUGAGUAUCUGUUAAGCAGCAGGUACCACAAAGUACAUCAAAUUAGUGAUAUAUCAUUAAUAGAAUCAUGUAAGUAACUUGUAUGUUCUAAAUUGAGGAUCUAAUUAUAAUCAUUAGUUAUUAUUUAGUUAUACAGUGUUAUGUAUUUAGUAUAUAUUACAGACCAUUUGGACUUUUUGAAGUUCUUUAGGCUAUAAUAAGAUCAAAAACUUACGCUCAGUGUAGUACAAAAAUAACCACUGGUCAAUAAUGCAGUUAUUUUCCCGAAACUUUAAUUCGAGUUUUAAUUUCUUAUUUGGUAGAGCACGUCAUCAUCUAUCUUCAGUGGAUGCGCAAAGAUGCGUGUUUAAAUCCUUGUCGAGAUAUCGUGUCUCAAAUGUAACCUUCUAUCAAAAUUUGUUAAUAAUUUUAUACAGUGAUCACUCAUCUUCUAAUCCAUCAAGUUUCGAAUAGAUAAAUAAACAGCACACGUACACCAACCUCAGAUUUUAGAUUGAUCAUUUCAUUUUAAAAUCGGUUCUUUGACUUUUUCUUAGGAAUUAAAUAUAUGAAAAAAUCAUACAUAUGUUCCCUUGUAAGACGUACACCCCAAACAAAAAUCUUUCCCCUCUUUAUCUAUUGAUAAUGUCAAACUUUGUAUUAAAUUUAUUACUGAGUAGAGAUAUGACAUGAAAGUUUGAUUUCAUUUUAGUGCACAGAUUACACUAAUAAAACUCUCAUGUCAUAUCUUUACUCAGUAAUAAAUUUGAUGCAAAGUAUAGCAGGGUAUGGCCAGCUAACUCUGCUACCGGAGUGAAAUUCCGUAACAUUUUUCGCUUAUUUUGUUUUCUCGAUAAAUAUCAGGCAGUAGCACGUGAAGAGUUGCGAGACGUCUUAAAUUAAAGAGAAAAGUCUUGUACAUAUUUUAAGAUAUUUUUCGCUUUUGGAACAUUUGUCGUUUCCAAGAUAUAACAAAAGAAUUGAACACCACUUUUGAAAAAGUAAUAAUUUUCAGAAUUGAAAAGUAGUUAUCAGUUUUUUAAUUAUAUCUUGGAAACGACAAACGUUCCAAAAGCGAAAAAUAUCUUAGAAUAUGUACAAGACUUUUCUUUUUAAUUUAAGACGUCUCGCAACUCUUUACGUGCUACUGCCUGAUAUUUAUCGAGGAAACAAAAUAAGCGAAAAACGUUACGGAAUUUCACUCCGGUAGCAGAGUUAGCUGGCCAUACCCAGCAACAUAAAAAGAUAAAGGGGGAAAAACUGUUGUCUGAGUGUGUAAAUGAUUAGUUUCAUAUGCUUUUAUUAUUUUCUCGCUCGUAAAAAUACACCGAGUUGCACGAUCUUUCUAAAUUUCGUCCGAGACAGAUAAUGUUAGUUGAAGUGAAUAUUUUUCGUAAUAAGAGCCAACAAAGAUAGCAAUAUAUACUAUGAAUAUUGAGAACUUUAGCUUUUAAACAGAGCUUCAAAAAAUAUGAAAUGGAUGUGGGUG